CGUGGAGGAAGUCACGUGGCGCGCGCUCACAUGACUGGCGGCGCGAUGGACCCGCUGCCCGCGGCGCCAGUCGCUGCAGCACCUGAGGCGGAGGCGGACGAAGAGGCGGACCCGCCGGCAGCAGACUUGCCAGCGCCCCAGGUCAGUGAGCCGACAGCCCUGGACUCCAGUCGGAUGCAGAUGCCGCCGGGGAACCCGCUGCUGCUGUCGCUCACGCUGCAGGAGCUGCUGGCCCGCGACGCCGUGCAGGUGGAGCUCAUCCCUGAGAAGAAGGGCCUCUUCCUGAAGCACGUGGAGUAUGAGGUUUCCAGCCAGCGCUUCAAGUCGUCCGUGUACCGACGGUACAAUGACUUUGUGGUCUUCCACGAGAUGCUGCUGCAGAAGUUCCCGUACCGCAUGGUGCCAGCCCUUCCGCCCAAGAGGAUGCUGGGAGCCGACAGGGAGUUCAUCGAGGCGCGGAGGAGAGCCCUGAAGCGCUUCAUCAACCUGGUGGCCCGGCACCCGCCCUUCUCCGAGGACGUCGUGCUCAAGCUCUUCCUGUCCUUCAGCGGCCCCGAUGUGCAGAACAAGUUAAAGGAAUCCGCUCAGUGUGUGGGAGAUGAAUUCAUGAAUUGCAAGCUGGCUGCUCGGGCCAAGGACUUCCUCCCAGCCGACAUCCAGUCGCAGUUCGCCGUCAGCCGGGAGCUGAUUCGAAACAUCUACAACAGCUUUUACAAGCUUCGCGAUCGGGCCGAGCGCAUGGUGUCACGGGCCAUCGACAAUGCUGCCGACCUGCUCGUGUUCGGGAAGGAGCUCAGUGCUUUAGGGUCUGACACGACCCCGCUCCCCUCCUGGGCCGCUCUGAACAGCAGCACGUGGGGGUCCCUCAAGCAGGCGCUGAAAGGCCUGUCUGUCGAAUUUGCACUGCUCGCUGACAAGGCUGCACAGCAGGGCAAACAGGAGGAGAACGACGUGGUGGAGAAGCUGAGCCUCUUCCUGGAUUUGCUCCAGUCCUACAAAGACCUGUGCGAGCGGCACGAGAAGGGCGUCCUGCACAAGCACCAGCGGGCGCUGCACAAGUACAGCCUGAUGAAGAGGCAGAUGAUGAGCGCUGCCGUGCAGAACCGCGAGCCCGAGUCCGUGGAGCAGCUGGAGUCCCGCAUCGUGGAGCAGGAGAACGUGAUCCAGACGAUGGAGCUCCGUAACUACUUCUCCCUGUACUGCCUGCACCAGGAGACGCAGCUGGUCCACGUCUACCUGCCGCUCACCUCCCACAUCCUCGGCGCCUUCGUCAACUCCCAGAUCCAAGGCCACAAGGAGAUGAGUAAGGUGUGGAACGACCUGCAGCCCAAGCUCCACUGCCUCUUCGCUGGACCACACGGUGCCCCGACCCCGCCGAGGUCCCUGCGGGACGGCCCGCCUCCUCACUAGUGCCGGGAGGACGCGGCCACAGCUCCGGCGCCCCCACUAAAACCUCUUUCCCAACAGCGUGUCCCUGUGUGCUUCCCUUCGGAUGGCGGCUGUCCCUGUCCCCCCGCCCCCCGUGGAAGAGCCGACUCCCGGGCCUGUGUGGCCGAGGCCCCCUCACCCCCGUGGGGAGCAGGGCGACCCUCUGCCCGUCGGUGCCGAGACGGGGGGGGAGCUGGAGAGCUUUCCUCCCGAUUCCCAGCGCCGGGCGGCCAGGACGGUCCUCGCGCAGGAGAUGGUGCCUGGGGGCGUGUGCGGGCCAGCGAUAGCUCAGCGGGGAGAGGGGGAAAGCCCACGGGGGCAGGGCUGUCCCCACGGCCGGCACGGUGCCAUCGCGCCAGGAGGUGGCUGUGUUGUCGGUCAGCAAAACCUUUAGCCUCAGCCCACAGACAGAGCUUGGGGAAGGCGGAGGCCCGAGGGUGAUUGGGCACAAGCUCUGGCCAGUGUGCUGGGGCCCUGGUCUUGGGUCUGGGGCAGUGUCCUUGUCCCCCCGCCCCCCCGGCCAUGCUCACCCCUGUGCACACACCCACACUCCACCCCGCUGCCACUGCCGCUGCCACUGCCGUUGCCUGCCUGGUGCCUUGGUCUGGAGGACGGAGGUGGGGCCGGGGCACCUGGAGGUUCUUGAGCUGGUGCUUCAGGAAGCGGCUCGCCUGUCCCGAGCAUGGCUCCCCGGCCCUGUGGAGGCCACACCGUGAGCCCAGCGGCCGCCGGGCCCGGCUCCAGAGGGGGUCUGGGUUGCUCUGUUAAUCGUCUUUGAAACUGACCUCACGUAUUUUGGCCACCAGAGCCCGCCUUCCAGCCUCGUGCCCACACUUGCCGCCCCCUUGCUCAGCCUGGGGCUCGGCUCUGGGGGCUGGAGGAGUCCUGCCCUCCGGGAAUAGGCGCUGCCCGGGGGCUUGCUCUCCUAGUGAUGUCCACACGCUGUGCGCAGGGCCCGGAGGCUCUGGGUGACAGGUGGCUUCCCCGAUGCGCUAGCAUGUCGUAGCCCAGGGGAACGGGUGUGUCCUUGAGGUCCAGCAAGAACCGGGGCCGGGCCCAUCCCACACGUGGCUUCUGCUCGUGCCGGUGGAGCAGCCACGGUGCAGGGAGGCCGGCUGCACCCCAGCCUGAGCCCCCGCCACAGCCGCCAUGUGCCUUCCUGCGCCGGGCAGGGUGGGGCGGGCGGGGCCCCCAGAGCAGUGGCCCGUCCCUCUGGGCGGUUUCUGCUUUUGAUCUCCUGUAGAGACGGUUCCUAACCACUCUCAGUGGCCCUGUGUUGCCCCGUGGGCAAGGUCCUUCUGGGCACUGUGCUCACUUGAGCUGUAAAGCAUGACUGCAGGGUCUCUGCUGCACCCUGGGGGUCUGUCUGAGGGACACAGGCCACAGGGCAGCAGAGGGUGGGCUGUCCCAUCCCAGCCCUGCCACAUGUGGGCAGCCCCCAGGGCAGGUUAAGGCAGCCCCUCCCCACAGGGGUGGGACUUGCACCUGGUCGCAGCUCCCUGCGUGGGAACGAGCCUGUCCUUGGCUUUAGCGCUUGCUGGGAGAGAUGUAAGAAGGCUGUGUCCCCCGUGCCUGUCCGCUGGGGACGCGAGGCACCUUUUCUGCAAAGCUCUUCCUCCGCCUUGAACCUGGGCUGCCGGUGUUUCCCAGGCUUGGGGCUGGUGUUUCCUACUCCGUGUCUGCAGGGCCCUGGAGGCCCAGGGCGCCGCAGCCUGGCCACCGCCGCAGGAAGGGACAUCUGACCGCGGCAGCCUGACGGUGGCCCUCUGUGCUGCUCCGGCAGGUCCCCGAGUCCCUGCUCUCCUGUCCUGGGGGCGGCCGAGCACUCCUCGCCACUGCCUCAGCCUGACCUGCGGCGUGGCCCUCAGGUCAGCCGACUGGUGACCCACCGGCUCCGGCUGGCUGAGGUCGGGACGGGUCCCUGUCUGAGGCCUCUCGCUUGCGUUGUGUGAGCCGGUUUGUGUAUGAAGCACUUUAUGAGGCUGCAGGAAUCAGUUUCCACCACACCCGAUUAACUGGAAUUGUUUACAAAUGAUUGACAUUCCGAGAUUUUUAUCAGUGAACUUACAUGAACAACUAUCAUUAAACAUAUUUAUAAAUGUUG